AUGAAGAUGUCUUUGUCCCUGCUCGAGACUGCACGUUCUAGAUAUGAGAGUCUCCAGAUUUCAGACGAUCUUUUUGGGGAGUCGGGGGACGACAGCAGCGGUAACCCCUUUUACAGUACCUCUCCCGACUCCCGUUCAUCAGCUGCGGGCGGUUCUUCUGAGGAUGAUCAGGCUGACGGUAAAGAUCCACCAAAAUUGGAACAAGAAGACUCUAGGGAAUCAGGUCAGAAAGAACCAGGAGAGGUCCAAGAAGACUUGGGAUUUGCACAGUGGCAGGCAUACGAUUUAAAAGUGGGAGCAAAUAGGGGCAGAAACAGGGAGGCAAAGAGGUGGGGAUCCGAGCUGGUGAAAAAUGCAGGUUUAAAGGCUGGAGAAGACCCAGUGAACGAUGGUAAAACGGAGAUGUCCGGCAAAUAUGCACAGACAAGGCCCGGCGAUGACCUGAGAGAUGAAGGCUGGUCAGACAUCCUUCAUGAUGUGCCCACCCCCAGCUUCAAGGAUACCAGUGGUAAGAAUCUGAAACAUAAAAGGGCACAGGCAGCUAGCAGAUAA